AUGGGUGGGGGGGUUGGUGGGUGGUGGAUUGUUGUUGUAGUUUUGGUGUUUAGGGGUAUUGGGUGGUUGGUUGUGGGUUGGGGGUUGUUGGGGUUGGGGUUGGGGUGGGUGUGUAAGAAGGGAUAUGUAUGGAUAUUUGGGGGGGUAUGGGGUUUUGGGUGUUGGGGUUGUGUGUGGGGGGGUUGUGGGGGGGGGUGGUUUAUUGGGGGGAUUUUUGGGGUUGUUGGGUUUGUAUUUUUUGGGUGUUUUGGUUUUGAUAUAGAUGGUUUGGUUUGGGGUAGUUUGGGGGGGUGGGGGGGGGUUUUAUGUAGGUGGUGGGGUGUGGGGUUUGUGGGGUUUUGUGGGGGUUGGGUGGUUUGUGUGUGUUUUUAUGGGGGUGGGAUUUUUUGGGUUGGGGAGGGGGGGUGGGGGGUUGUUUUGGGUGGGGGGUGGGUGUGGGGGUGGGGGGUUGGUGGGGGGUUGUUGGGGUAUGGGUUUUUGGGUGGGGUGGGGGGUGGUAGGGGGGGGUGGGGUGUGUGUGUGGGGGGUUUAAUGGUUUUUGUGUUGGUAUAUGGGGGAGGGGGGGGGGAGGAAUUAUUUUGGGGUGGUAAAUUUUAUUGGGAUGGGGUGGGGGGGGGGUGGGGGGUGGUGAGGUGGGGGUUUGUUGGAGGGGGGGGGGGGAUGGGGUAG